AUGAUAAUGGUUACGAAUAAUGAUGCCAUUCAGUUUCUCUUCUCGCCAAAGACUUAUAAUAUGCGCCAGGAAAAGCCUCGGCACCUAAAAUAUUUAAACGAAUUUCGUACUCAACAAUGCCUCCUGUUUCUUGAACAGCAGUGUCAGUUUCAUCGUCCUUAUACUUGCUUUCAUUGGCACUUUCCAAACCAGAAACGGAGGCGACCUUUCAAGAGACCUGAUGGAACUUUUAAUUACAAUCCGGAUGUAUAUUGUGAUAAAUAUGAUGAAACAAGUGGAUCAUGUGCUGAUGGAGAUGAAUGCCCGUAUGCGCACCGCAAUGCUGGUGACACAGAACGACGUUAUCAUCCACGCUAUUUCAAAACUGGAAAUUGUAUAUAUGAAACUAUGGAAAACGGAGCGUGUGUCAAGAAUGGUUUGCAUUGUGCUUUUGCACAUGGCCCUGAUGACAUCCGUUUACCUGUUUAUGACAUUCGCGAAGUUCAGGAUGCUUCUUCAAAAUUCACUGUUAAUCUACCUGCUAGUUUAGAGAAAGAGCGAGUAUUGAGUGAAGAUCCCAAGUGGAAUGAAAUGUUCCAUGUACUUGGUUGUUAUAAGACUGAAUUAUGCAAGAAACCACCUCGAAUGUGUCGUCAAGGUUAUUCAUGUCCAUUUUAUCACAAUGGAAAAGAUAAACGAAGAGCUCCUGAUAAAUUCUUGUAUCGCAGUACUCCUUGUCCUAUUGUUCGACCUGGUGAUGAAUGGCAAGAUAGUACUCUUUGUGAUACUGGCGAUGCAUGUCUUUACUGUCAUACGCGAACGGAACAACAAUUUCACCCUGAAAUAUAUAAAUCGACAAAAUGCAACGAUGUAUUAAAUUCUGGUUAUUGUCCACGUGGUCCCUUCUGUGCCUUCGCACAUUGUGAUUCAGAAAUGUCAAUUGGACGUGAUUUUUCUGCAAAUGUACAACAGGAACAACCUGGACUUAUUAUGGAAUCUAAUAAUAAUAAUAGUUUAUCAUCAAAUAAUAUUUCAUUAUCAUCUAGUUCAAUAACGACGGGAAUCACAACAACAACUAGUUCUUUUCAAUAUCAUCGUCAUAUUCCUUCUGAUAUUUCAGUAAUUUCUCAUGGUGGUGGAGGAAGCGAAAAUCAACAAUAUUCUGUUUAUUCUCCACAUCUUCAUCCAUCUACACCAAGUGCUAUGAAUAGUAAUUUACGUAUUUUAGGCACUAGUUCUACUACUACUAUUGCUGGUAUCAAUAACAGUAAUAAUAACUUGCCACCGAAUUUAAUGUCCAAUUUAAACACUAAUUUUUCAAAUUUAUCGUCUAUGAUUACUUUAUCACAUCAACAACAACAACAACAACAACAACAACAGAUAUCUCAACGUACAACCUCUAGUCAACAUCAUCAUCAUUACCAUCAACAGCAUUUGAUGAGCUUUCCUUCUUCUACAAUAGAAUUUAAUAAGUCAAUUAGUACCAUUGAUUAUUCUGGAAGAUGUUCUCAUAUACCACCUAACCCUAUGACGUCAAACGUGAUAUCACCUCUCGGUUCAGCGCCAAAUCAGUCGUGUAUUCGUGGGCGUCGUCUUGCUCGUUGUACAUCCCCCCGUACAACAGGUAUGUGGCCCACGUUCAACUUGAUCACCAAUCCUGGCAAUGAUAGGCAGCAUUUCACUCAAUUACCAGGUCCAUCGAAUUCGGAUGCUAGAAUUGGAGCGUGCUCUUCCUUGGGUGUUUUAUCACCCAAUGCGGUUGGUUCCACUUGCUCUCCAAUUCAAAACACUCACUUUACACAUUCACGAAAUCGUCCCAUACCUGGCCAAUUUCAUAACGUAGUUUUAACUCAUUCUCUGUCAACAGCUGAUUAUACACGAGAUAAUAAUAAUAAAGGUCGUCAUCGUAGCGGUAGUUCUAUGUCCUCUGAAAUUGGACAAUGUUCUAUGAAUGUUAAAGAGUUAACUUCUCCUACUGCCUAUCUGGAUUCAACUUCAACUUAUCCAGGUCGAUGUGGUUCUUAUAGUGGUGGUUGUAUUGUGGGUAAUUUGAAUAGAACCUCUACUUCCUCUGCUGUUGUUACAGUCGGCGGCGAUGGUGUUAGUUUAUCGACACCAAAUCAGAAGCAGACUAUGGUCGGUGUGGCUACUUCCAAGCCUGUAUUGUUAAGACAUCUCUCUGGGAUUUACCAAAAUGUGGUCACUCGUAAAAAACAACAACAACCUAAUAUUCUAUGGGAUAAUUUUGAAUCGACAAAUAAUACAGAACAACAAUACUUCUCGCCUAGUUGUCCAUGGUCUACAAUGAAUAUAAGUGGUACUGAUAAUAAUAAUAGUAAUGAUGGAAUUAAUGAAACAGAAAAUGAUUUCAACACUUUUUUGGAUCAAUAUCAUAUGCCUGUCGGGAUUGCUAAUGCAUCUUCUAUUAGUAAUUGUGAUGACACUAGUCGUGAUAGUGGUUUAGUUAUUGAUAUGACAUUGCCUCCAACUUCACCGCUUGAAUCAAAUUGUGGUGGAUUUUUAAACAGUAAUCUCGAUGUCGAUCUAUUAUCUCAACUGACACAAUCACAACGCCAACAACAUAAUUCAUCUAAUACUGCUACGUCUGCUACUGCUGCUGCUUUAUUCGAUGAUAUUCAUACAGUUUAUCCAACAUUUUCUCAAGAUAUGGUUUUUCAUUCACCAUCUGAUGAUGGUUUCAUUUCGGCACAUUCUACUUCCGAGGAACUAGAUCAUCCUCAACAUCGUCAACAUCAUUCUUCUUCGUUUUUAGUUACUGUCUCUACAAGUGGUAGUGUUGGCGUAAGUGAUUGUUCAUCAUUACCAAAUUUUUACGCAUCAAAUCCAGUUAGUAUACCUGGCAAAGGAGGAAAUAAUAGUAAAGAUGUAAAAGGUCUACAAAUGCGUUGUGGAUUCUUGGACUCUAUCACUUGUCAAUCAAAUAAUAAUUUACCACAAUAUGAUUCAGCGCAAUCAACCAAUUUACAACAACAGGCUGGUAGUAAUAGUAAUAUUAUUCGAUCGAGUAAUUUUAUCAAAUCAAAUCAACACAUCGUAGGCUGGCCUUCAAGUUUUAUUGAUGAAACUGGAUAUCAUCGGCACAGUUCUCCGAUAUCUUCUCCAGUAUCACUCAGUAGUAAUAGUAAUCGAUUUUCAUCAAUUGUUGGUACGCCCCUUGGACGUGUUAAUCAGCCAAUUUCGUCGGUGUCAGGAGUCGAUUUAAAUGCUUCCGGACUAGCCAGUAGUGCUAGUAGUAAUUCUACCAGUGCUAUAUCAUUUGGUGCCAUUGGCUCCCGCAUUCAUCACUGUUCAAUGACAUCGGAAUCCACAGACCAGCCUGACAAUAACCAGUCAACUAGAUCACAACAAUAUUCAGAAUGUUCAACUCAGGGUGGUAUUUCUAAUAUAUCUUCAACUACAUCUCCCAAUCAACUGGAUCUUGGCGGAACUCGAACAAGUUCUAGGAUUUUCUCGCAUUCAAUAAAUGAUAAUUUUACCAACUUACCACAAUCACCUAUUCUUUUAUCGUCUCCAUUCAGCAAUCCAGGUUGUGAUCUAGAACGUAUAACUUUACGUCGUGAAUUAGAUGAAGUUAAACAACUUUUAGAUUCGAAGGAGGGUGAAGUGGAAGUUUUAAAAAAGCAAAGAGAUUUUGUCACAGAACAUUUACGUGAUUCACUUGGUGUAAUUCGUCGUUUAUUUCAUUCAUUAAAUAUAUCGCCAUCAGCGUCAACUGAUUUAUUUAAACCGUUAUUUAUUGACACUGAAAUUAAUAAUAUUAGUAGUGAACAAAGUACCGGUUGUUGUUAUGCCCAAAGUUUAUCAUCGGAAUCAAAUCCAUGUGAAAAAUUUAAAACGUGUAUGCAAACUUCACCUGUGAAAAGUCCUAGUCCAAGUGGACCAAUUGAUUCAGUUAGCCGAAAUCCUCUACAACAACAAGAAGCACUAGCAGCUCUAUUUGCUAACCCACUUGUAUCAGCGCUUUUGAAUAGUCAUCAUAAUAACGAUAUUCGUACGGUAGAUGAUGAUGGUUCUAACAAGACAAAGUCUGAAAUGCAGUUUCAAAAUUGGAAUUUACCAAAUAAUAAUUAUAAUACAGAUUGUAUACAACAUGAUAAUGAAACAUCUGUCCAUAAACUCAAAGAAACUUUCAAUAAUCCAUGUUUAUUAUCAUCCACAUGUGCUGGUGUUGAUAAUGGUGGUACACAUAGCAAUUCUGAUGACAAUGAUGAUGAUUAUUUAUUCUUUGCAUCGGGUUUACUAUCAUUAUCUAAUCAAGAAUCUUGUGAUUUAGAUCAACAAAUAGAAGGCAGUAAUACAGAAGAACCGUUAACACAUCAUUCUUCUAUGAAUUUUGAUGUGUCCACUAUGGCUAGUACUUCUGUUUCUGAGUUGACAACAACAACAGCCACGACGGCAAAUGCAUUGACAAUAGUAACUAAGAAUGCGACAUUUGAAGAAUCUAAUGUAACGACCAAUGAAGUGACAGUUGUCGAAGAGGACUCAUUCCAAUCGAAUACAAUAAUGAAUACUGCUACUGUCGUUCCUGAUACUAAUUCUGCCAGUACUAAUUUUGUAUUUCAGAAUUCAUCCCUAGAUAUACAACAUCAGGACAGUAAUGACAAUGAUAACAAUAAAAGCAAUAACAACAACAACUGUUGCUUAUCAUCCACCUCAUCGUCAUCUAAACAUAAAACUAAUGUGUAAUAUGUUUGUUGGUAUCACAUACAUACAUACAUACACACACACUCAAAGAAAAUUACAUCAUUCUCAUCCUUAGUUUUUUUCUCUAGGCUCUGUUCCACUAUAUUACUAUUAUAUAAUGAUCGUACAUAAUUCAUAGUUAUUAGAAAAUAAAAAAUAAAAUUAACAGAGGAUAAGUUUAAUGAAUGAAACCGAUCAAGGGUGGUAUAAGAGAUUAAACAAUUUAUACACAAUAAAAUGUAAAAGAUGAUCCCUAAUUAGAUUCAGAUUUAUUAGACAAGAUUCUUAUUGUUUUCUUAAUUUAUACUUAGUGAGAUAUUCAAUUACAUUAUUAGUAUUGUUAUUCUUACUUAUUGUUCGACAUUGUUUAGGUGUCUAUCUGAUUUUACGUAUAUUAUUAUUAUUAUUACUAUUAUCUAUUUUCAUAAACAUUUUACGGAUAUACACAUGGUCUCAUUUAACUAACUAAGCUAACAAUUAAUUCAUUGUAACAAUAUUUUCCCAUUAUUAUUGUGUUUUUUCUGAUAUGUAUAUAUAUUUAUAUAUGUUUGUACUGUUUUCUCUCUGUUGUUGUAAUUUAUACUUUCGAUUAAUACUAUUCAGUAAUCUGUUACAUUUAUGAUGAAAUCGUGAAGAUAAUUAAGAAUAAGAGUAGGAGGAAUAGUAAUUCUAUCUUUCUUUCUUCUUUUCUUUUCUACCGUGUUUAUAAAUAAUACAAGCAAGUCAAUAUCGCCACUACGACCACCACCAUGAACAUACGUCGUCAUCUAUUAGAUGUAGUAGUAAUUUAUUUAUUUAUUGUGCAAAUUCAACACAACAAACAUACAAUACACUCACAUGCACAUAGAAACACAUAUAUAAAUGCUUAUUUCUCUUUCUGUUUUUCAUUCAUGUAUUUGCAAAAUAUCUACUAGUAUUGUUUGUUGAAAGCGUUUUCAUAUUCAUAAUGUGAAUUGUUAUCAAAUGAUUCUAAGUUUACAUAAUUAGUCACUUUAUUACAUGUUUAUUUGGGGAUAAUUUUAUACUUAUUUAUAUUUGACAAGUACUUUUUUUCGAAAAACAAUUCAUGCCUCAACUACUACUACUGUAUGCGAACAUACAUCAUGUGUGUUUGUGUUUAUUAGUUAUACAAGAUUGAUGGAUGAUUACAAUAACCAUAAUAAUAAUGUUAAUAUUGAGAAGUAACCGCUACCGAUAGCUUAUUAACCAAUAAACUUUAAUACUGCAUAGUAACUUACAAGUCAUAUUUUAGAUAUUUUGCGUGCAUAUUUCUUCUCAGUUAUGUGUUUAUAUGAUUAUUAUUACUGAUAUUUGAAUCAGAAGAUGAGGAAAUACAUUUUCAUAAGUAUGUUAUCAUAAACAAUAUAAAUUUAGCGCCAAAACUUACUAGAGAUAUUACCAUUAUUCAUUGUGUUCUAUUUGUUUUAUUCAAUUAAAUCUUUUUUGGGGGGGGUUUGCUUUUUAUAAACAAGAUACACACCGAGACAUAGUAAACCACAACAAAAACAUGGAAGCAAAUCAAUUUACACAGUCAAAUGAUAUGAUUUUCUUCUUUUAGGUUAUUGUUUAUUUGUUACUUAUGUAUCGGUCGUGUAAUGCUAUUAUUAUUACUAUUAUUGUGGGUGUGUGUGGUAACCCACCAACCCACCAUUUUGUUGCAUUGUCCAUUUUCCCUAUAUACUAUUUAUAGAGGAUAUACUUAUCUUUUUUUCCUGUUUUUUCGUUUUUCUAUAUAAUGAAUGAUUGUGUAAUAUGGAUAUGAUUAUUAUUAUCAAUGGUAAUAAUGUGUUAAUGAUAGUCUUAUAUAUUUUACAUAAAUAUGUACUGCAUUCACUUACAUGUAAUGUAUCUAAUUUGCUCUUGUUUAUUGGUUGUUUAGUGAAUCAAAUAGAAAUUCUAGUUAUUUUUCUUAUUAGCAAAUUCACUUAGUUUAAAAAAAAGAUGUUUUUAAAAGAGAAACGUUUCAAAUGUGUGGGUGGGUGGGUUUUUUUUUAAUAUGAUGAUAGAUAAAAAGAGACUUAUUCAUAUUUUGCCUUGAUUGUUUUUUGGCGCUUUUUUGAAAAAAAUUUACCUUUCUGUCCACUUUUCGUUUUGUUUAUCAUUUCUUCUAUCAUUAAUGAACUGUUAUGUUUGAAUGGUAACAAAUGAUUUUUCAUUGUUCUAGCUUAUAUUUUUACCAUCGAUUUUCUGCACUUAUUCUAUUGUGGACGUUAUAUAUUAAAUAGGAGUAUUUUCUUUGGUUUCAUGUUUUCUGUUUAUUUCUAAAUUUAAAAAAGAAAAGAUUGUUUUUAAUGUUAAUCUUAUAUUUCCUGGCAUAGUUUCCCAAUUUUUUUGUUACUGACGUUGAUGAUCGAUUCAUUCUACACAUUAUAUGCACAUCAAUCUAUUCAUUAUCAUUUUUAUUAUUGAAUGCCAUUUUAUGUAAUCACAUUUCUAGAAUAAUAAAGUUAUGUAUAUUCACAUUUAUUUAAGAUAAUAAUGAAUUCACAAUAGUCUUUCAUUUGAUGACUUCUGUUUGUUUGUUUGUCUGUUAUUGUUAUUAUUGUCCUUUUCAUCAUGAAGCUUUUUUGUUUUGUAACCAACAUUUUACUACUUUUUUCGUUAUUCAAUUAUCAUUGUUUACCUACUGUGUUUCUAUGUCCGCUUGUGUGUGUGUGUGUAUGUAUGUAUAGUAUGCCCUUGUUCAUUUUUCUUUCUUGAAAUUAUUAUUUAUGCUUAUUAUCACUUACUUGUUCAUAUUAUUUUCUCAAGAUUGUUAGUGUAUUAUAAUUUAAUGAUUGUGUCAUUUUGUUAUGUGUUCACUUUUCUUGUCUUUUAUCACUCAGGUUCAUCUUUUUCUUUGUUUCCUUCGUACAAUUCACUACUUCAUCACCUAACACCAGUUUUAAUUUUCAUUCUCCUUAAACUUUUACAUCAAAAUAGUUCUAUCAUAUUUAUCAUAGUGUAUUAACAAAUUAAUUUAUAUUCACAUCUCGUAGAUCUUUACCCUUUUUGAAUAAUAAUUAUUGUUUCCCAUCACAAUAUGUAUCGCUCUUUUUUACUUAAAGAAAAAGAGAGAAAUUAUCAAUGUAGAUUUGUUACACUUUUAACUUUGAUAGUUGAAUUCUUUCUCUAAUGAAUAACAAUGAAUAAGUAACAUAAUGAUAACAACAGAACAUGUAACUGGGAUCUAUCUUGAGUUACAUUAAUUAACAAAGUAUAACGUUUAAAAAAGUAUGCACAAGUCAUAUCUCUCUUGUGUAAUAAAUUAUUCUCUUUUAGUCAUCAUUAUUGUUGUUAUGAUUGUUCUUGUUUAUGGUAUUAUCCAGAGCCUUCCAUCAAAUGUGCUUUUAUUUGUGUGUGUGUGCGUGCGUGCGAGUAGAUGGGCGAUUCAGUUGACUAACAAUGAUUCAGUCUUGUGCUUAUACUAUUUUUACAUUUUAUUUUCAUUAUUACUAUUAUUAAUACUGUUAGAGUUUAUUAUGCCAUGUGUACGAUUUCUAAAGAGAUGUUUAUGCCUAUUUUUCUUUCAGUUGCAAUAAUUAACGAUAAGGUAGGAUAGUGUAUUGUAUCUCUAGGAGAAAAAAAACACAACAACUUAGCACAAAACAACAGAUUAUUGGUCUUCUUUCUGUUUCUCAUUUAACAAUGUUGGUUUUUAUUUACUUAUUUAUCUUUACUCCCUUUUUGCGCUUACCUAUUGUAUUUGUUAGAUUUGACUUGAUCUUCUUACCUAUUCAUUAAUUUAUUUUACAUUUGAGAUUUGUUUAUUUUUUCAAUGAGGAAUAGGUUUUAUGAGAUUUUUUUUCUCCGAUUUUUUUCACGUCAGUCUGUUAUUUGUUUGUUUGAUUGUUUUUGUCUCUCGUUUACAAGAUCUUAGCAAUCCCAUUUUCUUCUAUCUAUUGUGAUUCUUUUUCUAUGCGUCAAUUGUUUGUCGGGGUUGUUGUUGUUUAUUUUACUCUUCUUUUCGAGAUCGAUAGUUUACAUCUUUUAAAUGCUUAUUUAUUCAGGUACCAAUGCUAUUAGUACCCUGUUAAUCCACUAUUUGUGUUUCUUAUUGAAUUGUCCUUUUUUAUCUAGAGGCGGUUAACAUUGUUAGGUUUUUAGUAUGUAUGCAAUUUUGUGUUCCAUACACAAGAAUUUUUUCAUAUUGCCUACCCUGGUGUUGAUCGUGCUUAUCUCUUUCUCUCUCUGUUAUUACUAUUUCAUAUUCAAUUUGUACAUCAACACAAUUACAUACUUAUAGAUUCAACAUUUUCUAAGGGUUUUAGUCAUCUCCAAUUUUUAUCAUUCAGGUAUGUGUAUUCUUUUUUUUUCUUCUAUUUCAUUUUCUUUCCUCUAUUCCACAAUCAAUUGUCUGUUGUACUAAAAAAGAAAAGAUAUUGAAUAACGGCUACUGCCGCCAUCAUAGUUCAAUGUUAAAUUGUCCAAUCUCUCACUUUCAUUUGAGUAUUACCAAAGCUUUAUUUUUUUGUUGCUACAUAAUUUUCAUUUUCAUACAUUUUUAAUCAUACUCACUAUGUGAUUGUUAUAUUACAAUACUUCUGUGGGUAUUUAAUGAUAAAUACAUACAGAAGAGAGAUACAUGCACAUAAUACACACAGAGUAUACACCAUUGUUCUUAUUUCUUGCUUAUAUACAAGUAUAUAUAUAUAUAUGUGUGUAUUGUAUCAAUAUUGUUUCUAUUCUAUAGCAUCAUUUAUAUUUCUCUGAUCAGAAUUUAAAAGAAAACUAAAAAAGAUUAUUCUAGAUGAUACUAUAUUACUAAAAUGCUACUUAUUUUCUUUAAUAGGAUUUUUUUUUCAUUAUUACAUUCUGUCAUUAGACAUUUACAAAAAUCAAAACAGAUUAUAACAAUACAAUUACACA